CAAAGUGCUGGGAUUACAGACGUGAGCCACCGCACCUGGCCUACAACAUCUUUUGUUUGCAGUAGCAUUGUUUUGAGAGGCAAUGUUCUAUGGGACUGAAGACCACAGGCUUGGAGUUAAAUUGUCUGAAUUCAAAUUCUGUCUCCACUAUUUGCUGGCUGUGUGAUCUUGGGAAACUUGAUCUCUUAAGUCUUUAUCAUAUUUAGCACACAGUGAGCAUGCAGUAACAUGAGUGAUUACUACUGUCUUAGCAGUUCUGCUUCUCAGGGUUUAUUUAAAUAAACAGAUGUACUUGGAUUUCUUUGCUUUGUAUGCCAUUUGAAACUGGAUUUCUCCUCAUACCACAAAAGAUAAAGUUAAGGAACUGGAUGAUCUGUGAUUUAUAGUCUACUAACUGCUUUUUCUAGUGUUUGCCCACAUAUCUGUGUUGGUGAAAUACUGUGUAUCAUACCCCAAGUCAGUGUUACAUUGAAGAGAUAACUUCAGGUAGGUAAAUAUAAUUGCUUAAGUGUCCUAAACAAGCAUAUGAUUUUUUCUUUCUCUUUUUUUUUGGCAGGAAAUCCUUUUGUACUAUUGCUCAUUCAUACUUGUUCAUCAAAGCCUGGAUUCUUUAAGGACAGAAUUUACCUCUAAACAGAAAGAUGGAAACUAACAUACAUUUUUUCUGCCAGGCAGAGGAAAAUAUUGACUUCUUAGAUGAUGGCUCUAAUUCUUUUGCAACUGGCUUGCCAUCAGGAACUAUUAACCACAAGAAAUACAUCAAGUUUUCUAAAACAAUAGAGAAGAAAAUUUCACCGGAAGUUAGGAGUUUGAGCCCAGAAUAUAAAAAAAUAUUUGAAACGUCAGUAUUCCUUUGUGGAGAAGAAAAGUCCUCUGAUUUUUCAGUAGGAAAAAAAGGUGGGAGAAAGAGUUUACAAGUACAACAGCACAGUAAAAGAACUGAGAUUAUCCCUCCUUUUCUGAAGCUGUCAAAGGAGAAGGUGACUAGGAAAGAAAACUCUUUAUGCAAGUUGCCGAAUCAGUACAGCCUUCACAAGACUUCAUCACCUCUUUAUACAUCUUCCGCAAUUACUCGGGAAAAGGAAAUGCUAUCUAACCUCUACAUGACAUUAUAUGAUGAAGUAACCCAUGGAUAUUUAUACUCACAAGAAUUAAGUGCACUUCAUAAAGCCUGUAAAAUUUUUAGUAAAAUUCGAAGUGGUAAGAUUUAUGUGAAUGAUCUUCCAGUGAUCCUCGGCAUCUUGAGAAUUUCUAUAAGUGAUUUAGAAAUGCGACAGGCACUAAAGACUAUUGAUAUUGAUGUUAAUGGAAUGCUGGAUUUUUCAAAUUUCCUUAAAGCUGUGGCUGAUGUUUCUUAUAUGGUCUCUCAGAAUCCAGCAUUCUGGGAUGCCUUGAAGAUUUUCUGUAGGAUAAAAGGUGGUCGAGUUUCAACUGAUGAAAUAUUUGGUGUUUUGGAUAGCAUGGGUAUCCCUAUAAACCCUGAAAUUUUAGAAGAAGUGAUAAAACAUACCUAUAUUGACAGUAACCACAUGGUGGAUAUUGGGGAUAUUAUAUUUAUUUUGAAUGAGCUACAGGAACAGUAUGAGGAUGUUCCAAUUACAGAAGAAUCACCUUUGGAUGAAAUUACUUCAGACAGAAAGUUAUCAAGUAUAGCAGGAUGCUAUCUAAAAUAUAAGAAGAAAAACAGUUUAUCUUCCAAACUCCCUGAACCUUCAAUAUCCAAAAAGUUAAAUAACAAAAGCAGCCAAUAUUAUAGCAAAAUUAUGGAGAACGAUGACCUUGAAUCUAAAAGAUCAAAAAAUACUUGGCAAAUAAGAAAAUUUCUGGAUGGGGUCAGCAGCAGUAAUGUAGGAGUCCAAGAACCAUAUUCAAAGAAUGGCAUAAACUUUAAAAAACAUUCAGAGAAGGGUGAAAUUCAUGACUCAAAGUCUAAACCACAAAGCUUGAAGAGUAGUACAAGCCUCAGUAAGUCGCUGGAUAAAAGUGAUAUUUCUAGUAUCCCAAAACUUCAGAAGCCAACUGUAAGAAAGCGUUCCAGCCUCCUAAAGCAGGUUUCGUCUACAGAAAAAACUGCAAUUAAUACUCUGGAAAACUUCUGUGAAGCUAUCAGUAAACUUCAAGAAAAUUACAUUUCAGCAGAAGGACUUCAGUCUAUUUUGCCUUCAGUAGGAAUUACUUUAUUAGAUAAAGAAUUCCAGAAGAUUGUGACAGACACUAGUAGAAAUGAGAAUGGAAUGGUGGAGUUAGAUGACUUUAUAAGUACUCUCGCCAACGAGCAAAGUUUUCCUGAAUGCAAUGCAUUGCCUGGUGUCAUUAAAGCCAUUGAUAAAAUUAAAGAUAAAAAUGUGGAUUAUGAGGAUCUAAAUACUUGUCUUCAAAAUUUUGGUAUUUACCUUUCUAAGCCAGAAUUUAAGAAGAUCACAGAAUUGACUGAAGCUGGUGAAACAAAAAAAGUGAAUUUUAGAGAAUUCAUUGAUACUAUGAUGAGCAACACGGAAUGCUUCUCUGAAAAAUUAUUAUUGCCUGAUGCUAUUGAAACCCUCGACAAUCUCAGAAAGGAGACGAUGAGUGUUUCUGACCUGUGGAAUAUUCUGUCUAGUUUGAAUAGUAAUUUAAAAAAGGAUGAAUUUCUAGCUGCAUUGAAACUAGUUACAGUUGAUGAAGGUGACAAAGUACAAUUUGAAGAAUUUGCACAAGUAGUAAGGAAUAUGCGUGAUGCUGCCAGGUUAGAAGAGUUACAGGAAGUUGUCUUAGCUGCUGAUUUGCUUGAAGGUGACAUGAUAGCUGAGGAGAACUUGGAAGACUUUCUAAGAAAUAUUGGGAUUAAGUCACCUAAAGAAGAGGUAGAGAAAAUUCUUCAAUCAGAUUUUGUUUCUGAAGAUAACAUGGUGAACAUUAAAGACUGUAUGAGGGCUUUGAGGGACACCCAGAAAUUUUCCAAUUAUAUUGCAUUGAAUGAGACUAUCAAUACAUUGGACUCCAUGAAAGAAAAUUGUCAGUUUGACAAAGACAAAAAUCCAGAUGUACUUGAAAACACUGAUAGGCUUUCUUUUACUGAUGACAUACUUCAAGAAGUAACAGAUGACUCCUUUGUUGAAGAUUUUGGGAAAGAGGCUUCAAAUCUAAAAUUACCAAAGGUGAACGAGAUUAAAGAAGUUGCUAACAUCUUGUCACAUGUUGAUAAUGGCAAGAUUGGUGUACCUGAUUUGGAGCAUGCCUUGAAAUGUUUGAAUGUUAAUUUAACUGAGGAGGACUUCAAUGGAGCCCUUAACUGUUGUAACGUCAGUGAUAAUAUGGAGGUGGAUUUAAAAGAUUUCUUAAUUAAAAUGAAAGAAAGUCCACAUUUCCAAAAGUCCAAAGCUACACAGAUACUCUUAGCUGCUACCCAAAUUCUCCAGAAUGAUCUAAAUGAUGUCUCUGAGCUCAAGACGUUAUUGAUGGACAAGGACCUUCAUACAGCUAAUGCUAUACUUACUGUAAUGUUAAGACAUGUACCUGAACAUGAAAGUGGCAAGGUUACCAUUCAAGAAUUUAUGACUAAAUUCUCCGAUAUAUUGACAAUUCCUAAACCUGCAGGUAAGUUUUAUUUAAUAUGUAAUUAUUGCCCAGAUCUAGAAAGGCAAGCAGUGGUUUAGUUAAAAACAAUACAGGAUUCAAUAGUUAAAGCACAGGUAAGUAAGAAGCAAUACAAUAUGAAUAUGAAACAACACAAGAGUAGAUUACAUAACUUCUAUUUGAAUUCUAAGGCAAAUAUUGCUAAACUUAACCCAAACUCAAAAUUUUAG